AUGCCGACGUCACCUUAUUCGGACAGCCACGGCGUCGAAGAAGGCUCUCGCGCCUCUCGCAACGUCGUCUUGGAGACCCUUGAGCGACUAUGGGAGCUGCUUCCCUCGUCCGCCUCUGCCGACGCUUCCUCUCGAGAGACGCAAGGCCACCUCCCUCAGACGACGCGUGCUAGGCGACGAGAGUCAAUCGUUGAGAAGUCGCUUGACCAGGACGAGGCGCUCGCCGACAAAGUUACCCUCUCAUCCUCUGCCGCUGCCACUGCCACCACCAAACCUACCGAGACCGUUUCCCCUGAAAAGAGCGUCCUAUACCUGGCCUACGGGUCGAACUUAGCUGCGGAGACUUUUCUGGGUAAACGAGGCAUCAAACCGCUUUCGCAGAUCAAUGUCGUCGUGCCGGACUUAAAAUUAACCUUUGACCUUCCCGGCCUGCCCUACGUCGAGCCUUGCUUCGCGGCCACGCGAUACCGCCCUACUUCGCCCGAGGAAUGGAACAACGAGGAGGCAGAGGACAUCGACGAUAAUGCGUCGGAGAUUUCAAUUUCGGAGAAGACGCCCCUCUCGUCGCAUCGGGAGUCGUCGUCCGACAGACCGCUCGUCGGCGUCGUCUACGAGGUCACCGUGUCCGACUACGCUCGCAUCAUAGCCACAGAGGGCGGCGGCGGCGGAUACAAGGACAUCAUAGUGGACUGUUACCCUUUCCCCGACUCUUACAGCCCGACCGACCCGGUCCCAGAACCUCCCUCUACCACGCCGUUCAAGGCCCACACGCUUCUUGCGCCCGUCGACGAGGGUGGCAACCAAGCUCGGCGCAUGCUCUCCCGUCUAUGGAGACCGUUCCUCUCGCGAUCGAACCCUCUCGUCCGCCCUCAUCCGCUGGGUUACGCGCAGCCGUCCCCGCGGUACCUCAACCUCAUCGUCACCGGUGCCGCCGAACAUAAUCUCCCCGUCUCCUACCAAACAUACCUGUCUCAGAUCCAACCGUACCGGGCGACGACUAUUCGCCAGCAGAUCGGCAAGGUCGUGUUUCUGGUGGUGUGGGGUCCGUUUUUGAUUCUGACACUCACCUUAACGAGGACGAUGGCGGGUCCGGAUGGUCGCAGCCCGCCGUGGGUGAUCAAGCUGGCCGAUCUCAUCUUCUUCACUAUGUGGAGUUCCUAUGAUAUAGCCUUUUCGAGGAUCUUUGGGGAUGGGGAACGGACGUUAGACAGGUAG